AUGAAACUUCUGCGAUAUAUCUUUCGUUCAUUAUUGGGUAUCACUUUUGGAAUGAUCAUUCUCCUAACAUCAUUAUUUGGCAAUUCAAUAAUUACACUUAUCUUACCGGUAAUUUACCUUAAUUUUCAUCAGCAAUGGCGUUUAUUUAUUGAUCGAGCAAUUAGUUUCUGGCUUAUUGUUCCUGUUACCUUUUUGGAAUAUAUAUUUGGUAUAAAAGUUAAGAUAACAGGUGACAUGAUUGAUUAUGAUCGUCCAGCAAUGAUAAUAAUGAAUCAUCGAACAAGACUUGAUUGGAUGUAUUUUUGGAUGGCAUUAUUUAAGAUAAACCCGUGGCUAUUGAUAAGCUCAAAAAUUGCUUUAAAAGCUGAACUUCGCCGUAUACCAGUAGCAGGUUUUGGAAUGGAAGCAAAUCAGUUCAUUUUCUUGGAACGUAAGAUAAAAACGGAUAAGGAACGGAUUUCGGAAGCAAUCCAUUACUUUGCAUCUGUUGGAAACAAUUAUCAGAUAUUGUUAUUUCCUGAAGGAACGGAUAAAACGCCCAAUACAACGAUGAAAAGUAAUGUGUAUGCAGAAAAGAAUGGUUUCAAACAAUUGAACAACCUAAUCUAUCCUCGUUCAGGCGGAUUUAUUCAUUUUAUUAAUGAGAUGAGACGACAUAAUUACAUUGAAUGCAUCUACGAUGUUACUAUUGCUUAUCCGGUAAAUAUUGUUCAAUCUGAAAUUAGUCUAAUAAUCGGUCAUAUACCACAAAAAGUGUUAUUUCAUGUUGAACGAAUCGAUCUAUCAUGUAUACCACUUGAAGAUCAUGAUAUUGCUCAAUGGAUUAAUGAAUUAUGGAUUGCGAAGGACGAGAAAUUGGAUUCAUUCUAUUCCCAGAAACCACCACGAAUAGAUUUUCCAAAUGACAAGAAUAAAUUUGUAUGGGAGGUUGAUAAUUUACUACAGAAAAUUGUCAAGCUGUUUGUAUUCUGUUUGUGGUUAUCAGUGACUGCUUUUUGGUUCUAUUACCUAAUAUUUUCACGAUUUGUUCAGGUGCUUUUCGCGUAUUUCAUUAUUGCAUAUGCUUAUAUAAAUGGUAAGUAUGGCGGUAUCCAACGAAUGGUAUAUAUCAAAUGGUGGCAUUCAAUGAAAGCAGAAACGCUUCACCGGUGA